AUGGAGAACGAACUUGCCGGACACGGUUUGCUAUUCGAUCACCUUCGAAACCCCUUAGAAAACUGCGUUGACGUGUUCGACAAAUUCACGACCACAUUGCGCAGAUAUACGGUGACUACAAGAGCUGGGUUGGAAAAAUUCGUCGCAUGGAAAAGCAUUGCUUGGGUUCUGAAGGACAAGGAGAUUCAGCUACUUCGUGAUACCCUUGUUACCUACAAGGCUACUCUCAGCAUAGCAGUAGGCACCAUUACAGCAUCCGCCACAGCGCGAAUCGAUGAACGAACAAAGAGGAUGGAGGCCAACUUUAAGGCCGAAAUGAAGGACAUCCAGUCAAAGAUCCGAGCUUUAGACAUGGAUCGCAUCGAACUGGAGAGCAUUUCCGGACAAAAAGGUUCUGAAUGGUAUGGUACGGACAGAGGGUUUGCCUUGAAUCGUUUCCUCGACUACGCCGGUUCUUUAUGCGACUCGCCUCCUUCGUCGUUCCUGGGAUCACCAGUCAUGCCCCCUUCAGAUACUGCAGCGGGGUUUGGUGAUUACUCUACCAGUGCGGCACAAAUUUGCUCCACCUCGGACCAGCCUGUGUCCACCUUUACGCCAGCGCCGCCCGACUCCCAAGGGAAGACGAUAUAUUCGAAAAGCGGCUUUGAUAUGCUCAGGGCCCUUUGGCUGGUUGCCACUCGCAAGGAUCCCAAGAUCCAUCUAGGUGCAGUCGACCUGUCGUGCGCCUUUGCCGUUUGCGAUGUGACAAUGAACGACUGCCCUAUUGUGUACGUGUCAGACAACUUUCAAAAUCUCACCGGCUACAGCCGCCACGAAAUCGUCGGACAGAAUUGCCGAUUCCUUCAGGCGCCGGAUGGCAAGGUCGAGGCCGGGUCAAAGCGCGAGUUUGUCGAUGAUGGUGCUGUGUACAACCUGAAGAGAAUGAUUCACGGAGGCAGUGAGGUGCAGCAAAGCCUUAUCAACUACCGCAAGGGAGGAAAGCCGUUCCUGAACUUGCUGACCAUGAUACCAAUUACCUGGGAUACCAACGACAUCAAGUACUGGAUUGGGUUUCAAAUUGACCUUGUCGAGUGUCCAGAUGCGAUCUCUGGUCAAGAGCUGGGCUCGGUCAAGGUCAACUACAAGCAUAGUGACAUUGGCCAAUACAUUUGGACACCACCGGCUUCAAGUCAAUGGGAGCCCGAAAGUGGCCAGACGCUGAGUGCUGAUGACGUCUCGACGCUUUUGCAGCAGUUCAAGCCCAAGGGGCUUGUCUCGGACUGGUACAAGCAGUCAUGGGACAAGAUGCUGUUGGAGAACACUGACGACGUUGUCCAUGUUCUAUCUCUCAAGGGCCUCUUUCUCUACCUCUCGCCCUCCUGCAAGCGUGUUCUUGAGUAUGACGCUGGAGAUCUUGUGGGCAAUCCGUUGUCCUCCGCCUGCCACCCCUCGGAUAUCGUUUCGGUGACACGCGAACUCAAGGAUGCCGCAACGGGCAGCCAGGUGAACAUCAUCUUCCGAAUUCGACAAAAGCAGAGCGGCUACACGUGGUUCGAGAGCCACGGUUCUCUGGUCGUCGAACAAGGCAAGGGCCGCCGAAGUAUCAUAUUGUUAGGUCGAAGGCGACCAAUGCUUUCCCUCAGCAGACAGAAUCUUGAGGCGAACGGUGGUAUCGACGACAGCGAGCUCUGGACCAAGCUAUCUACUUCGGGUAUGUUUCUCUACGUCUCGUCUAAAGUCCGGUCGCUCCUCGACCUUCAGCCUGAGUCGCUUGUCGGCACGAGCAUCCAGGAUUUGAUGCGAGAGGAGUCACGCUCGGAGUUUGGCCGCGCCAUUGAAAAGGCGAGACGUGGGAAGAUUGUUACCUGCAAGCACGAAGUCCAGAAUCGCCGCGGGCAAUGGCUGCAAGCACAAACUGUCUUAUACCCGGGUGACACUGGCGAAGGUCAGAAGCCUUCUUUUUUGUUGGCACAGACCAAGCUGCUUAAGGCAUCAUCCCGCAUCCUAGCUCCGGCUGGCGCCGCAGGCACCAAGUCGAUAUCAGCGAUACCUUUAACGAACACCCAUCCCCAAGCUGAACUAAGUGACGGGCAUGUGUCACAACCAGGUGGUAGGCUCUUGGUUCCUGGCUCGCAAGACACCUCGUUGGCCGCGGAUGACAACAUAUUUGAUGAGCUUCGAACGGCAAAGUGUUCGAGCUGGCAGUUUGAACUGAGACAGAUCGAGAAGAUGAAUCGAAUUCUCGCCGAGGAGCUUAGCGAACUUCUCUCCAAUAAGAAGAGGAGGAAGAGACGGAAGGGCGUUGGCAAUAUUGUCCGGGACUGCGCCAAUUGCCACACGCGUAACACACCUGAGUGGCGGAGGGGCCCUAGCGGCCAAAGGGACCUCUGUAACAGCUGUGGUCUACGUUGGGCAAAGCAGUUAUAG